GACGGGGCUGCCCCCCCCACCGGGGCCCUCAGUGACCUGGCUAGCCCGGCAGGGCUCCCCCGGGCAGGGCUCCACCGGGCAGGGCUCCGCCGGGCAGGGCUCCGCCGGGCAGGGCUCCACCGGGCAGGGCUCCCCCGGGCAGGGCUCCGCCGGGCAGGGCUCCCCCGGACAGGGCUCCCCCGGGCAGGGCUCCGCCGGGCAGGGCUCCCCCGGGCAGGGCUCCCCCGGGCAGGGCUCCACCGGGCAGGGCUCCCCCGGGCAGGGCUCCGCCGGGCAGGGCUCCCCCGGACAGGGCUCCCCCGGGCAGGGCUCCGCCGGGCAGGGCUCCCCCCGGACAGGGCUCCCCCGGGCAGGGCUCCGCCGGGCAGGGCUCCCCCGGGCAGGGCUCCGCCGGGCAGGGCUCCCCCCGGACAGGGCUCCCCCGGGCAGGGCUCCGCCGGGCAGGGCUCCCCCCGGGCAGGGCUCCGCCGCGCUGCUGGCACUGUGGGAAUCUCCAAAACCCGGUGGUCUUGGUGGCAGGCGGCCACAGCUGCUGGGAGGGAAGCCCAAGUCCUGACGCUCUGCAGCACUUCCCCGCUCCGCUGGCCCUGGGCGGAGAGCUGCGCCUGCACUGGCUCCGUCCUCCGGGCCCUGCGGAGGCUGGGAGGGCCUGGCCUCUGUCGCCCCGCUAGCCACGCAGGCCGGGGGUCCAACCCCGGGCAGCCUCGCUCGGGGUCCCUCAAUCUGUUGUGCAGUGUCUGAGCACUUAGGAGUGGGCCCUGGCCUGAUGCCCGAGCCGGGACGGAGGCGGAGGUGCUCCCCACGAGGGAGUUUCAUCACAUCGGGCUUCCAGGCCAAAGUGCGCGACCUGGGAGAGGACUGCGGUUGCCAGCACUAGCCCCACCCCUCAGGGAAGCUGUGACCUACACCGUAAAGCCAUUAUUACAUCCCCAGACUAAGGCUGAGCUGCCAGCACUAAAAGAACGUCACCGCGACCUCCUGCAGGGGCUGCAGACGACAAAACGGUGGCCAGGCCUGUGUGCGCCCCGCCCGCCCCCGCCAUGGCCCUGGUCGGCAUCAACGAGCUGCCCGAGAGCAUCCUGCUGGAGGUGUUCACGCACAUCCCCGCCCGCCAGCUGCUGCUGCGCUGCCGCCCGGUCUGCAGCCUCUGGCGGGACCUCAUCGACCUGGUGACCCUCUGGAAGCGCAAGUGCCUGCGGGAGGGCUUCAUCACCGAGGACUGGGACCAGCCUGUGGCCGACUGGAAGAUCUUCUUCUUUCUGUGCAGUCUCCGCCGGAACCUGCUGCGCAACCCGUGUGCUGAAGAGGAUAUGAAGUCCUGGCAAAUUGACUGCAAUGGGGGAGACGAAUGGAAGGUGGAGAGCCUCCCUGGAGACCACGGGACAGAUUUUCCUGACUCCAAAGUCAAGAAGUACUUUGUCACAUCUUAUGAGAUGUGCCUCAAGUCCCAGCUGGUGGACCUCAAGGCCGAGGGCUACUGGGAGGAGCUGCUGGACACGGUCCGGCCUGAAAUCGUGGUUAAGGACUGGUUCGCGGCCAGAGCCGACUGUGGCUGUACCUAUCACAUCCGAGUGCAGCUGGCCUCCGCCGACUACAUCGUCCUGGCCUCCUUCGAGCCCCCGCCUGUGACCAUCGAUCAGUGGAACAGCGCCAAGUGGACGGAGGUCUCCCACACUUUCUCCGAUUACCCCCCCGGCGUCCGCCACAUCCUCUUCCAGCACGGAGGCCAGGACACGCAGUUCUGGGCGGGCUGGUACGGGCCCCGCGUCACCAACAGCAGCAUCGUCAUCGGCCCUAAAGUGACCGGGGACCCGGCCCAGUCCCCCGCUCAGCCCGAGCACACACAGGGCCGGGAGAGUGCUGCCCGCUUGCCCUCCUCGCUUCAUCUCCACUGACCGUGUCUGCUGGCCACUCCUCCAUCCUGUGUCUGGACCAAACCACCUGCAGCAGUGCCCUCCGCUGAGGCUGCGCUGGGCGCGAGGCCCUGCUGGGGAGCUGCUGCCCCACUUCCAGCCUGGGGCAAACCCACCAGUUGGCGGUAACUCCGUCACGUACUCUGACAUUUUGGGACAAUAAACGUUUUCAGUAAGACCA